GCAAAAUUCAAGGCAAAAUUCUUGGCAAUUGGAUGGUCAGUUUACAUUUGGAAUUCUUUCUGUCUUACUGAUAGUGCACACGUUUAUGUGGGAUGGUGUACAUCGAUAGAACAGGUGAGGAUCAACUGUGGCUCGUGAGUGCUCUAAAAACGGCGCGUAUGGGUUUCAUCGCUCGACAGAAAUGAGAUCUGAAGAAAAAGGUUGAGCAGCCUCUGGGGAUGAAUGUUUCCCCUUUUGUUUUGGUCUUGUCAAUCUUGUACUUUUGUGUAGCAUUUUAGUUCUGCAGCUAGGGAGAGAAGUGGCUCGUGAAAGCUUGGGAGUGUGAGGAAGAUUCCACCAGAAGAGUGUCUGACCAUUGGACAAGUUAAGAAUGUUUGGAAGAAGGAAAGCUGAUGGAGGGAGGUGGUGACCACGGGGCAUGACAAGACGAGAAGCUGGGAACGAGUUUCCUCAUGCAGAAUUACUCGACCCACCACUUCAUCCCUCAUCGAGUACCGACGUCAUCAAACUUAUUCGCCUUCUCCUUUCCACUCCUUUCUAUUCCAUGGGCAUGCACGAAGAAUUGGAAUGUCGAGGGCCAAAAACUUAGGGAGGGAGGUCAGCCAAGGGAGGGAAGGAACAUGAGCAAGGGCAGAAGGUAACCUGUAACCUGUGGGGCGGAGAGGACGAUCCAGGUGGCUCCCCGCGGGGGAUCUCCGCUGCAUCUGCAGCGGUGCAGGAGAUUUUGAUAUGGAGAGAUUCUCGAGAGAAAGGUGGUUUUGGCUCACUAUGCCUUCUACCACUCACAAAGUCUAGGACUCAAACCAGAACCUACAGCUUGUCCCGAAGGUCCAGUUCUCAAUCGUGAGAAUCACUGCGGAUCUCUAGAGCCCCACAAUCUGAUAGCCCGUCCCCCCACGUGUGUGGCUCCUCUUCUCCGAUGGACAAAAAUCCCACUGCCUUCAUUGGACUCGGCACUCCUCCUCCUGACAAGUAAAGGACUCCAUGCUGGUUUUGAAGGACCCCAAUCCAACAUGUCCAUACCUGCGGCCCGCAGGUAUGGACAUGUUGGAUUGGGGUCCUUCAAAGAGCCCCGCAGGCUGCGGGGCUCUUCUUCAAUCCGGUUGGGCACGGGGCUAGUAUGGCACCAGUGGUUGCUUCUAGUUAUAAUUCCCUCCAGAUUGACACGUCGUAGUUUUGGGGAAGAGCUGGCAUGGAAUGUUUGGUGCCAAAUGGCAGCCCUCGCCGUCUGGAGGUAGUAGCCACCGUCUGGAGGUAGUAGCCACGGUUAAGAGGGAUCGAGAUGCCCAUUCAGGCGUGAUGAUUGACUUCUAAUGGCAAGGAUUUCUUGCUAGUAGUCGACAAGGUUUCCUCCUGCAGACACGCAGUUGGAGCUACUGUUUGUCGUAAAAGUUUCCAUGAGAACAUCUACAUAGGCUACUUAAUGGCCGGAAGAGGUCAACCGUUUCUCUGAGUGAAUCUCAGCUCGAGAAGGACUUCGUCAGUUCAGAUUGAGGAUGCGAGUCUCAAUGAUGUAUGAACACUUGAGAAACACGAGCUUUCGCCUUUCCCAUUAAUUUAUUCCUCACUACUUUACUUCUCC